AUGGAUGCCACGUGCAGCAUCGAACUGCAUAGGGCGCCCGAAUGCCGCUCAGUCGUUAGUCAAGGCAUUGCCCAUGCGUCUGUGCAGUCCGUUGCCGUUCCGUCGUUGAACGUUACCGAUCACACGCAAGAAACAACGACCCUGUUGGUGGACAGUCUACCUGAACCUGAGUCUAAGCCUCAGCCUUGCGACGACGAUGUCUGCACAGUUGGCCAACCCACACAGCCCUCUUCACAUUCGGAAUUAUCGGAGUUUAACGACGACACGAGACCGCUAUCGUCGCCUACUACCGUUCCUGCCCCAGCUUGUGUUGUUCCUGAGCCCUCACCGUCGUCGCGCGUUGCACGGCCGCCUUCGCCGCUUUCAAUCACUCAUGAUGUGAAAUGGAUUACAUUCAACAACGCCCAAGUGCCGAUCGUGACGCAAAACCUGAACGGUCCUUGCCCUCUUAUUUCCGUCGUGAACCUUCUAGCCCUUCGGAGUCAGAUCGCUUUUCCAGCCGAUACCAAAACUGUCAACGAGUCUCAGCUGCUCGAGAUCGUUGGCGAUUGUAUUAUUCAAUCCACACCAAAGCCAGCCUACUUAUCAUUGUUGCAGGAACUGGCACAGCGACCUGACUAUCAAAAGAACAUGAACGAUGCGUUAUCCGUUCUUCCAAACUUGAUCACUGGAUUAGACGUUAACGUGAAAUUUACCGGCAUAUUUGAUUUUGAAUAUACGCCGGAAUGCAUCAUCUUUGAUCUGCUGAAUAUCCGUCUUUGCCAUGGUUGGCUCGUUGAUCCAGAAGACGUGCUUGCUUGUCAGGCGAUCAACUCCCUGAGUUACAAUCAGUUAGUCGAGAAAAUCAUUGCUGGUAAAACAAGUGCUGACCUGCACGAAACUUCGGAAGCGUUGAUCGCCAAUGACUUUUUGGAACAGAACGCUAGUCAGCUGACCUACCACGGCAUCUUGGAGUUGAAUAAAAACAUACAGGAGGGUGAGUUCAUCGCUUUCUUCAGAAACAACCAUUUUUCCACCAUGCUGAAGCAUCGGGGAGAACUUUUCAUUUUGGUAAGUGAUCAAGGGUUUUUAAAAGAAGUUGACAUCGUCUGGGAGACAUUGAAUAAUGUAGAAGGCGACAGUCGCUUUGUCGACUCGCGAUUUCAGACGGUGACAAGGAAGACAGGCGAUAGUGGAGGCGAACUGGCUUCCGUGACUGACAUCGACAGGCAGGUCGACACAGAGUAA